GGCCCGCCGCGCUGCCGCUCCCGCCGCUUUGCGGCUCCUGCUCGCGGGUUGCAGCCACCUGGAAGGUUCUGCUUGGAGGACAAGGAGGUUGAGGUGCUUGAAGUUCUUAAUUGUUUCCGCUGCAUCGGGGAUGCGGUAGACAAGUGUGGAACUGAUGUGAAAACAAUGGAGGAUGACUUUGGGGCUUCCUCCACAUUCCCAUUUCUCACUGAAAGCUUGGAGCUGGCGAUGGAAGUGGAGCAUGAGAACUCAAGGCCGUCUUUCUUUUCUUGUGCUUUUGACAGCCAAGAUGGAGGGAGAAGGUUCUCUGCAGAGUCUUACUUAGCAAGUGGAUCUCUAAAGAGGGUUUUGCUGAGAUUAGAUCCUUCUCCAAAUGACUAUGAAGAAAAUACAGUGGAAUUGUUUGGCUUUCCGUGGGUUACUGAAAUGGCAUUAGUUGAAUCCUGUGGAUUUCUCUUUGGAUUACUUAGGCAACAGAUAUACAGACUGGAAAACCUAGUACAAAUGGGUUCAUCUGAUUUUGGUCAAGCUGCACAUUUGCACUCUGAAGCAGAGAACAUCAGGCAUCAAUGUGUUAAGUUUUUGCAUUAUGUGAAAGUUUUCAUCUUCAGGUAUCUGGAACCCCCUAAGGUGGAAAAUGAUGGAGUGCUGCAUAGUUAUGAAGAACUAGAAGCUCAGUUACCAUCACUAUUGGUGGAAGAGCUUCAUGCUUUGACCGUGCAUGUUGGUCGCCUUUGUGAACUUCCUAGUAAUGUUCUGGCAGCAUUUACUAUUCAAAAUCAGGCAAAGGUCUUUCCUCCAUCAUGGCACUUACUACAUCUCCAUUUGGAUAUUAAAUGGCUAGUAUUAGAAGUUCUUCAUGUACUAGGUGAAAAACUGAAGAGACAAGUUGUAUAUGCAAACCAUUUCAUUAAUCUAACCGGAGAGAAUCUAACCAAUAUCAGUUUAUUUGAAAAACACUGUGGAAAUCUCAUAUCUGAUUUAAUAAGUUUGGCCAUCAACAGGUAUACAAAGGUGCGACUUUCUGAGGCUCUUACCAGUAGCCAUUAUUCCUGUACCUGCGUGAAAGAACUAUGGAUUCUACUUAUUCAAUUGCUGGACCACAGAAAUAAAGGGUCUAAUACAGAGUGUUUCUGGAGCUUGGUAAACACAACCCUGAAGAAUAUCUUUGAACAGCCAAGUACUUCUGAAAGUGUGUCUGGGUUUGAAACAGUUCACUGUAAAGACCCAUUGAGUUUUAGCUGGUGGAUGAUGAGUCAUCUAGCACCACUCUACCAGUUUGACCGUAAUGGAAAUCUAGAUGAAAAGAAACAGAAGGAAUCCAAUUGGAAAUUUGUGGAGGAACUCCUUAAAAAAUCCACUGAUGCUCAAACUGGUGUGUUGGAGGAACACUUACGAAUGCAUCUUCAGUGCUGUUUGACUUUGUGCAGUUUCUGGGAUUUGAACUUAUCUGUUGUCACCAUACUCUGGGAUUAUUACAGCAAGAAUCUGAACAGCUGCUUUACUGUCCCUUGGCUUGGUCUGAAGGAUCUGGCAAAUGUUAGUAAGACUUCUUUGUCAAUGCUUGAGUUGGUGAAACGCUGCUGCUGUGAACAGCAGGUCCCUUCUCUGUACAACUCCAGCAACAGUUACUUCAUUUUCCUCAUCAUUUUGGCACAGAUUAUGAAAGAAGAAAACAAUGGUGUGCAUCCUUGGAAACAGAUUAAAGGACGAAUUUAUUCCAAGUUCCAUCGGAAAAGAAUGCAGGAGCUGACAGAAGUGGGGAUGCAGAACUUUUUUAGCCUGUUCCUCGUGCUGGCAAUAGUUGUGGAGACAGAAGAUAUAGUGAGUCGGGUGUUGGAUCUUUUGGAUUUCCUGACUCCAUCCUCCAUCACCACAGCUCGGAGAGCUCUCAUCUGGAGAGGUCAUUUUGCUUUCCUUUUAAUUUAUGUUGAGAAGAACAUGGACAUUAGUGCCCUGGCUGAGAAAGUCUCAAAUGCUUUCCGUGAGAAGGCAAAGGAGUUUUUAGUAACCAAAAACGACUACACACAGAGACAAAAUCUCUGGACUCUGCUAUCAACCUACAUUGAUGGGGUCCAGGAAGUGUUUGAGACCAGCUGCUACUUGAGCCUUUCUGAGGAAAAGUUGCUAAAUGAUGGAUUUACUAUGCUGCUGCCUGCAUGUCGAGGAGCUGAGCUGAGCAUGGUGCUGAAUUUUCUUCAGGUUGUUCUGGCCAGACUUCGGAGCGUGCACGAACGUGUAAGCCAGGGACCUCAGCUGGGAAACACAGCCCCAGCCGCAGAGCUUCCAUUGGUGGCUAAAGAGCACCACCUUGCUGUCGCCAGUGCUCUCUGGAGAAAUUUCUUUCCCUACUUGAAGAGCCAGAGAAUGUCACAGACGCCGCCUUCCCCUCAGCUUGCUGAUACAGCUGCAGGUUUUACUCUCUUAGCUUUGGAUAUACCCAGCAAAGCCCUGUCAGAUCUGCAGCCACAGCCUGUUCUGUCAAUGAUGCGGCUGUUUGGGUGGGAUGACAUGGUGUGGCCUCAGCUGGUGUCAAGAUAUCUAAGUCAUCUAAUUGAAAACAGUUCACUGUGUGAAGCUUUCUCUAGCAUGGGCUAUACAUCCUACGAAGCUUUGACAGUACGCUCGUGGUUGCGCUGCGUUUUGCAAAUGUUCCUCGAUCAACCAAGUGGCGCCUUGGCCAAGACAGAUGCUGAGAGAACAGUUGGAAAAGCCUACAUGGAGCAGCUGACGGAAAUGACAAGACUGAUUUUUAAACUCUCAGAAGUAGAAAACAUUCUUUUAAAGGCUAAUGUUGGACAGUCAGUUUUCAAGCAAGACCCAAAAAAUGCUCUUGUCCAGUUCAUUAAGGCUGUUGGUAGAACUUACAGUGGUCUUCAGACACUCCCUGAGAAAUCUGCCAUGGUAGCAAAGACUUUGGAGUAUUUGGGUGAUGUGUUAAAGUAUGUAAAACCCUAUCUGAAGGCAAAAGGACCUCCAGAAGGUCUGCAGCUUACAUACUGGAUCAUAGGAUGUCUGGUAAAGUUCUGUGCACCGAUACUGGCUACUUCCAAGGCACAGCAACUCCUGUUUCGCAUCGUGGACUGCUUACUGCUGCCACAUUCUGUGCUCCAGCAGGACAAGGAGCUGCCUGUGGCUUUGCUCUCUGCCAUUCAGGAAAGCCUGCCUCUUUAUCUCCAGGGCCUGUCCUUCAUAUGUUGUCAGUCCCAAACACAGGGUGCCUAUUUAAAUCAACUCCUUGGGAGCAUUAUUCGCCAUUAUUUUGGACGAUUCCUCCCUUCCUCGCCGACUGCGCCCGGUGCUGGGCAGCAUCCUCUGCUCACUGCUUUAGGCAGCUCCAUCACAGCCCCCCAGCUGCUCCAUCUCCACAAGACCACUUUGCAUGUCAUAAGGGAAAGCUACCUGCAGUUCAGAGGGCAUGCUCCACCUCCUCGCUUGGCCUCUGUUCUUGCUUUCAUUCUUGAAGUACUUCAGAGAACCCAGAGCACUGAACUGUGUGACAUAGACUUGGUUCUCCCAGCCGUGUUGAAGUGCUUGCUACUGGUUAAUGAGCUGCAAGUUAAAAAAAUAUCUACAGACAUUGUACAGUACAUGGUAGAAGGCUGCCAAGCAGGGUCAGGAGGAGAACAUGCCACCCAGCUGACUUCUGUAUUUAGUAAUGGUACUUUUGGCACUGGAUUUGAACGCAGCUUUGCCAAAAGCCAGAGCAGAAAAACAGAAGUGAGAGGCAUAGUCGCUUCCUCAUGGAUGAGGCAGUUUAUCCAGGAAUACACUGCUGUCUAUGAUCACCGGGUUUUCAGCAUACUGGAAACAGUGGCAGUCUUGGAUCAGACUUUAGUUACCAGCCUGAUUCCCACAAUUACACAGUCUCUGAAGGAUUCUGAGCACAAACAAGGCCUUGGAAGAAAUGCUGCACAGAGAGAAGCCUAUAAGAGACUCUUAUCUCACCUUGCAGAGGCUGGACAAAAUGAGAUACAAAAACUGGAAAAUGAGACAGAUCAGUUAUGUGCUGGUGAUUAAUCCUUUCCUCUUGGACAUUAUGACAUUGUUGGUACCUAAAACUACAGACUAUGACACACUAGACAAGUUCUUUAUCUUCACAAUGGAAAUACAUGUAUCAAUUUUUGUGGUUGUUUUUUACCCAAUUUAUGUAUUAAUUUAAAAAAAAAAAACCUUUGGUAUUUUAUUAUUGUCAUGCAUUUGAAGAUUGACUCAAUAUCCUGAUGAACAGCAAUAGAAAGAUUGAAAGCUAAUUUAUUACAGAUUCAAAUAUCUGUAUGAACAGAGCCUAUAUUGCAACAUACAAGACAGGAUCUCAUAGAAUUUCACAACUUAGUUCACACUGAAUGAGACCUGUCCCUCUUAAUAGUGUACUUUUGAAAAUCUUACUCAGUCUGUUCUUAAGAAAAUCAUAAUUUUGUAAUUUCUAAUUUAUUAUUUUAGUAGAAUGGGAAAAACGUGUGCUCUCUAGUAGUCAACUUGUUGACUGCAGUGCAUUCACCAGGGUUGUGCCAGUGUGAUAAAGCUUGUGUUAAGAGAGUAUUUUUUAAUAUGUUUAUGUUGCACAGAAUGUAUAUAGCUGUCUUUAAAUUCCACCUGUAUUAAAACAUUUCAGUAUUUCA